AUGCUCAUUCCACUCGAGUUGCUAGACGACGUGGGGCCAGCUGCCAUGCGGACAAGCGCUUACACAUUUGGUCAGGAAGUUGCGGCUCUGCAACCAACGCUAGUGAGAGAUAUGGAUGCCGAGAGGAUAGAAAGCGGUUUGGAAGAGCCCGAUUGGUACAAAUGUAGAACUAGAUUCCCCCCCGGGAACGUGCUAGUUCAACGUAUCAAUGCGGCAGAGAACAAACCUCUUGAGGUUCUCCUUCAUUUAUCGACUCUUGUCAAAGUCUCGUUAGAGUGGAAACAAUUGACGUUGUACAGGUCAGGUCACGCAGAAGCGUUUCCGUGCAGCACGAACGUUGAGCGAGACAAGCUUGAGAGUUGCACGUUUGAACUUAUGGACAUUAUGGGCAAGUGCGAACGUCUCGUGAAAAGCCCGAUACCGUUGUCGUGGAAUCGGCACACAUCACGUCUCAUCUCGUUGUGGACGCUGACUCUGCCGCUUGUGCUGGUGCCAAUUCAGGGUCCGCUCUGUGUACCGACGGUGGCGGUGAUGAGCUGGGUAUUGUUUUCAAUCGAGGAGAUUGGUCAUCUUCUUGAAGACCCAUUCAGGAUGGAGCGGUAUUCGUUGCAACUUGACGUUGUUUGUGAAACGGUUCGGAAGGAUGUGUUGGUGCAAAUUUCAACAACAUCCAAAUCAUGAAGGCCCUGCUAAGGGCUUGGCAUGGCGCUCACUGUCGGUGAUUGCUAUUGUGAAAUUGACUCAUGAGGGUGGUUCUUAGAUGAUUAACUAAGGAAAAAUCUACUGCAUCUUCGAUAGAAGCAUGCUUCGAUAAAUAUGUAAAUAAGGGGCGAGUGGGCUUC